UUUUAUGAUAACUUGAUAAAACGCGCACUCCGUGAUUUCUAAUCGAACAAGAAAGUCUGCAAAAUGUUUGCUCGCCCGUUUUAUCACCUAAAGCACUCACUCCACUUGGGUGCCAGGAAUUCCUCUAAUUUUGUUCACGCCACGGUUCAGCAUGGAAUCGCAAAUCUGGUCAUGGACGAUCACGACACACGUAACGCACUAUCGAUUAAAAUGAUGCAAGAACUUAUUCAAAAAAUCACGGAGUUUGAAUCUGCGAAUACAACAAGAGUCAUAGUUUUGGGGUCCGCGAACAGCAUAUUCAGCACUGGUCACGACUUGAAAGAAAUGUCCCCAGAGCGCAGUCCAGAAGAACACGCCAAAGUCUUCCAACUCGCCACGCAAUUAAUGUACAAAAUAAUCGAUUCUCCAGUGCCCAUAAUAGCGAAAGUUGAUGGAAUAGCAGUGGCAGCCGGAUGCCAACUUGUCGCCCAGUGUGACUUGGCCUUCUGUUCUAAAAAAAGUUCAUUCUCAACACCUGGAAUUCAUUUUGGUGUUUUCUGCUCAACCCCCGGAAUAGCGCUGGCGCGCGUCGUCCCUAAAGCAACCGCCUUGAAGUUGCUCUAUUCAGGAAUCACGAUUGGCGCCAAAGAAGCCGAAGAAAAAGGUUUGAUCACCCAGAUUUCCGAGAACAAUUUGGAUGAAGAUGUUAAAGCAGUGUGUGAUCAAAUCGUGAAAAAAAGUCGCACCGUGGUGGAAUUAGGCAAGCGAUUUUACUACCAACAGGUGGACCUCAGUCUCAAAGAAGCCUACAAGAUGGGGGCUCAAGUCAUGGUGGACAACCUCAGCCUCGAAGACGGCAAAGAAGGGGUCAGAGCCUUCAUCGAAAAGCGCAAACCGUCCUGGAAACACCGUUGAUCUGUAUUUUUUGUAAAUUUUCAAAAUAAACUACAUAUUUUUGCUAAA